CUACUCCCUCUCGGGCAGUCGAUCUCGUCGUAGAAUACUUCUUUUCGCGGACGAUUCAUCUCCUUCUGCUCGAUCCUUGAUUAUUCUUCAUGCAUUCUUUCCGCUCGAAUUCACGGUGUAACCUUCUUUUUGGCGUUCUACUUUCUCUGGAAUCUUGAGGAGUCCGUGGGUUCUUAAAAUCUUUGAUUUCUGAACAGGAAUAAGUCGAGAGCAUAUCGAUGCUUCCCUUCUAUUUAUACGAAUCGAAAUCUUCCGAAGUAGAAGUACCCUUUUGAGCCAUACAAGGCCAUCGAUCAUCAAAUACAAGCAACCAAAGUGAGAGUAAAGGUGCAUGACUCUGCGCUUAAACGUACCCAUGAAGGCAGCAGAUAAGUCGGUGAGAGUGACACAUGUUCUUGUCUGGGCUGGGUGGUUCAUGACCUCAGUGCACUUUGGUUUAUCAUCUACGUCUAUAAAGAAGAUCCUCUUCCCAUCCUCCUCCUCUGCUCUAGCUUGGGAUCUCAGCACUCGCAAGAAAUGGCAGAGAAGAUUGCCACGGUGAUGAUAAAGGUCGAUCUUGACUGCUGCCUCUGCUCCAAGAAGAUUAAAAAAGCUAUAUGCAAGCUCCAAAAACACUACAAGAUCCAGUCCAUCGCCUACGAUGAGAAGGACGACACUGUGACGGUCUCCGGCCCCUUCAAUCCCGACUGCUUCAUCAAGAAGCUCUGCUGCCUCGCCUCCAAGGUGAUCAAAGACAUCCAGAUCAAGCCGGACAACCCGCCACCCGAACCGGAACCGGCUCCUCCCCCACCCGAACCGGCCCCUCCUACACCCGAACCUCCGCCGCCUCCUGGGCCCGAACCACCGCCGCCUCCUGGGCCCGAACCACCGCCGCCGCCCGCGCCCGAACCACCGCCACCUCCUGCUCCUGAACCGCCGCCGCCACCGAAGCCCGACCCGACCCCGCCCCCCGAUGUGGUGGUGAAGGCGCCUAUGUGGGCUUUCCGGACCCCGGUGUGGCCGGUCUGCUGCCACCAGCCGUGCCCCUGCUACGAGCCGCGCUACGGGUCCUGCCGCUGCUGCUCCUGCGGCCUGGUGACAGACGAACCGCCUCCACCAGCCAUGUACUACGGCGGCCCUCCGUGUUACGAGGUACAGGGCUACAAGAUCGUCUGCGAAGAGGAGCCUCCCUACGGCUGCUCCAUCAUGUAAUUACCUACGCAUUAUGUGUGUGUGUGUGUGUGAUAGAUAUGAUAAUGUGUGAGUGUGUGUGAUAGAUAUGAUAAUAAACACAUUUACAUAUGUGAUUUAUAAUAUUGUAAGGAAAACAUAACUAAUGGUGAUGGGGUGAAGCGUUCGUGCCAUUGAGAUCGAACGCUGUGCGUAUC